AUGACGGAUACUAUGUGGUUGCAGAAAUUGCUCUCUGAAAUGCACCUUCCUCAAGGCCCAGCACCUACACUGUACUGUGACAAUCAGAGUACCGUACUAAUGAGUAGAAAUCCAAUACUUCACAGCAGGUCAAAGCACUUUGAAAUUGACCUGCAUUUUAUUCGGGAUAGGGUUGUUCAACAGCAGGCAUAUGUUGUGCAUAUUCCCUCCUUUGAUCAAGUUGCCAAUGUCCUUACAAAACCUCUAUCUCAUGAUGCAUUUAUACGUCUCAGCAAUUCCCAUACCAUUUUACCACCUGGAACUCAAAGAAAUGCAACAUCCAAAGUGUCACUCUUGGAUAAAGAAGCCUAUGCUUUGCUUUCUCUUCACUGGUGGAGUAUCCAAUACAAUAUCUCAAACCGCUGCAACAAUUGGCCUGGUGUUGAGUGCAAUAACAAUGGAAGUAUUACAAAGCUUUCACCUCCAAAAGUUUCCACCUAUACCUUUAAAAGAGACCUCUAUGUUAGGGACAUUGAUUUCUCAGUCUUUUCAAAUCUUGUCCGCCUUGAUCUCAGUCAAAUGGAUCUAUAUGAACUCCCUUUGGGACUAAGUAGUCUCAAGAAGCUAACAUUACUUAACAUAUCCUCCAACAAUCUUCAAGAUGAAAUCCCUUUCUCAUUAGCAAAUUUCCCUCAACUUAUGGUGUUUGAUGUCUCUAACAACCUAUUUAAUGGUCAGAUUCCACAUGAAAUUGGCAUGUUGGAGAAUCUUGUCACAUUGGACUUGAGUUUCAACAUGUUCAGUGGAUCCAUUCCAUUGAGUUUGAGUCAUGUGACUAGUCUCAACCACUUGAGGACAUCCAAUAACCAACUAGAUGGUGAGCUUCCUUCAAUGAUUCUAAGUCUUUCUCAGUUGAAGACUUUUGACCUUUCUCGCAAUCGUUUUCUUGGUAAGCUCCCUACAACAUUUGUAAAUAAUUCCCAGUUAAGGAAUCUAAACCUUUCUGACAAUCGAAUAGGCGGUUUCAUCCCAUGUGAAAUAGGGAAGUUAGAUAAUCUGGUGGUUUUAGACCUGAGUUUGAAUCAGCUAGCAGGUCCAAUUCCUGAUCAAAUAGGGUGUCUAAAAAAUUUGACAAGUCUCCACCUUGAUUCAAAUUGGAUUAAUGGUUCUAUACCUUCAAGUAUAGGACUUUUAACCCAUUUGAAAGAGUUGACACUUGGAUUCAACCAUAUACAUGGGUUGAUUCCUGCAGAAUUAGAGCACUUGGUUAAUCUGAAAGUUUUGGAUAUUUCAAACAAUGCAAUUUUUGGUAGUAUACCAAAAUGGAUAUCUGCAUUAACACAAUUAACAGAUAUAAGACUUCAGGGGAACCAGCUUUGUGGUGUUAUCCCAUAUGGUAUCCUUAUUCAUAGUAUUCAUGUGGAUCUUAGCCGCAACCAUUUAAAUGGAAGCAUUCCUUCUCAAAUUGGCUAUAAUCUUUCAUAUCUAGACCUUAGAGACAAUAACUUGAGUGGCAAGAAACCAAAGGAGCUCGAUUCUAUUCGAUUCUACUAUCUAUAUUGCAAUCCCUUUCUUGAUGAUGGAUAUUAUGACUGCAGCGAUUCACAAGAUCAAAGAGAUUCUGACCAUCAUAAUAACCAUUUCAGUCCAUCAUCUAUGGUUUUGGUUUUGGUUUUGAUAAUUGUGGCCAGCGUUCUCAUUUCUUUUGGCUCCACAGGGAUUGGAAUUUGUGUUCUCCGUGCCAGGUAUAGUCGCAAACACAAAAAUAAGGCAGCAAAGCAUGGAGAUUUAUUCUCCAUUUGGAACUAUGAUGGUAAAAUUGCAUUUGAGGACAUCAUUGAAGCAACAGAGGACUUUGAUAUCAGAUAUUGCAUUGGAACCGGUGCUUAUGGUAGUGUCUACAAAGCGAAACUUCCAAGUGGCAAAACUGUUGCAUUGAAGAAGCUUCACAAAACAGAAUCAGAAAAUCCAUCCUAUUACAAGAGCUUCUGCAAUGAAGUUGAGGUCUUGACAGAGAUUCGCCACCGCAACAUCAUUAGGCUUUAUGGCUAUUGUUUGCAUAACCGAUGCAUGUUUUUGGUGUAUGAAUACUUGGAAAGAGGAAGCUUGUUCUAUAACUUGGCCGAUGAGAUUGAAGCUCAAGAGUUGAAUUGGAGCGAGAGGGUGAACAUCAUUAAAGGGACAGCAUAUGCUCUUGCUCACAUGCAUCAUCAUUGUACUCCUCCUAUUGUUCAUCGAGAUGUCAGCAGCAACAAUAUUUUGCUCAAUUCAGAGUUAGAAGUUUGUGUAUCAGAUUUUGGCACUGCAAGACUUCUUGAUCCUGAUUCAUCUAAUCAAACUCUUCUAGUUGGCACCUAUGGAUAUGUUGCUCCAGGUAUUUUUUUUAGUUUUAUACACACUAUUUUGUCACAAAAUUUAUUGCAUUAACCUAUGUACUUGUUUGGUUGCAUUGUUGUAGAAUUGGCAUACACCAUGAGUGUGACUACAAAGUGUGAUGUUUAUAGUUUUGGAGUGGUGGCUUUAGAAACAAUGAUGGGGCAUCAUCCAGGAGAAUUCAUUUCCACUCUGACAAAGCCAUCUACUCAACAAUUAUUGGUGAAAGAUGUAUUGGAUCCACGGAUUCCACUUCCGAAAUCUCGGAAAGAUAUGCAAGAU